AUGCCGACGAGCCAAAGCAGCUUACCGCGCAGCCCAUCAGCGCUAGCUCAAUCCAUAUCGGCACUUCAUUUGGACGAGCAGAUGGAUGCAGAGGAAGUCGCGGCAGGCAUCGGGACGCACGAAUCGGGCAGCCCACAGAUUCCCUCCCCGGUCGAGACGGAAAGAUUGCUGCAGGCAACUUCCGAUAGAGUGGCAGACAUCAGUCGGGCCAUCUUCCGUAUUGAAGAGGUUCGACAUGCCAAAGCGCUAUCCAGCACGGAUGCAGGUGGUGGUAGCUCAUCAGCUGGUAACAGUGGCACAAGCAAUGUAGACGAGGCAUUCAUGGAGCUCAAUUCGCUCCUGGAGGAGGUGAGCGGGUCGAUGCGGAUAAUCGAGAAGGCCGUCUCUGCUUUGGCCGGUCUCGAUGACGCACCGGGACAGGAUUCAUUGUCAGGCGUACUUGCGGGCGCGAGGCGCAGGCGAGGAAGUGCUGGAAGUCUGGACAGCUUUACCUCCUUUGAUGAAGCCGCAGCAGACAUCUCAGACGCGACACCAAGCUCUGAAAGUAUUGUCAGACACUUUCAACAGCUGACAGAGCACUGGGCUUCUGCUCAAGUCGAAGCGGAACGCGUCAAACAAGAGCUGAGCGAAGAUCGGUACCUCACGGUAUUCCGAGGCCUCAGCUCCCAGGCGACUGGAAUGAUGGACUCGCUCGACAAGGCCAUUGUGAUCUGCGCAGACUUCAUCUCCAGCGUGCAACAAAAGCUCGCCUCAUCUCCAGCGCACCCAAACUCGCGCGAAGAAGAGCUAGACGAAGAAGAGGAGACACGCAAGAAACUAGAAGACUUGAAAAGUCGGCGGAGCGCGUUCGAAGUAAAGCGGCAGCACUACGGACCUGCGUGCGAGCGGGUGUUCGGGGUCCUCGAGCGAGGCCUCAAGGAGAGAGCUACAGCGCAUGGCAGCAUGCUCAGGCGGUACAGAGAGCUCAAGCAAAGAUGGAAAUCUCAACGAGACGCAAUGUCUCGCAUCGACAAGGAGCUGCGCAGAGCGGAGGUCGCCCUCUCUCCUCGGUCGAGGGAACGAAUCCCGUCUGAUGCAGCGCAUAGCGCCUCCAGUCCUGCUUCGAGCGCUGCAGAACUCAGCGUUGGCAGUCCUGCAUCAAGCUUGCGACCUCGUCCGGGUCCCAAGAGCAGCUCCAGAGAGCUUCGACCGACAGCGCAUCGAACCCCUAGCUCUAGCAGCCUGGCUUCGGCCGCUACGUCACCACCUCCUAAACCUCCCAAGAGUUCGCGCAGGCAAAGCAUGAUCGAUGCGCCGCCUCAAACUUCGAGUCCUUCCGCAUCAAGGUCGCGGCCUAUCAGUUCAGUCUACGCUCAAGGUGUUUACAAGCCUGGUGCUGUCUCGCACGCUUCGCCAAACGCGCCUUCACCUCGGGCUCAUGGUCGAAGUGCUUCUACCAAUCCGGUGCCGAGUCACACUGCCGGCGAGCGCGGGUACACGAGACCAGGACACGCGCCUUCCUUCUCCACGUCGACCCACUCUUCCGCCAUUGAUCCUGUCGAGCGCUUCGGCAUUCCCCAAUCUGGCCGCACCACCCCAGGAGGCACAUUCUUGAGUCCAAUGAGGCGCACACGCCCACUUGAUGUGGCUGGACCUCCCACGUCUUAUCGAACACCGAGCGGACUCAGCGCAGCCCUGAACAACAAUACCCGAUCCAAGACUCCGCAGCCGACCCCAACGUGGUCGCGAGGAUCCUCAGAGCCUCCUCCUGAUAGACCUCCUUCGCGUAACUAUGGCAAUCGGAGGAAUUCUAGCAUCUUCCAUGGCCCGUCGCCGCUAGAUAGGAUGAAAGCUGAGCAAGAUCUUGGCGACACGUCUGUGGACUCGAUAGGGUCGAACGACAGCGGCAGACCCGGAAGCGCUGCUGGCAUCUACUAUCGGCCACCUUCGUCUGCCAGCACCGCUACAGGCGAGCGCGGAAGUAAGCGUCACAGCAUGAUUCCACGCCUCUCUUUUCCCGCGUCGAAUGACCAUAAUGGUGACAGUCCUCACAGCAGGCCGGGUUCUGCUCUGUCACACGCAUCAACAGCCGCGUAUGCGGCUGCAGGCGCUUCGCCAGCACGUACCUACCAGGGCGGAAAUCGUUCGACGAUGCAGACACCUGAGCCAGUCCUGGCAGCGCGAGUUCAGCGCCUCAGCAUGUUUGCAAGACCAUCCAAGGGCACGCCUGCUACUUCCGCAAUGGGCGGCGUGUACGAUGCCACAGGAUCACCGGCUGCGAGGCGAUCCAGUCGGCCUCCGCCAGCUCGAUAUAAUGCGCACGUAACCUCUCCGCUGAAUAUCAACAAGUCCGGAAGGACGACGCCUCUGAGCGCUGCUGCUUUGGCAAAGCUACCGGAUGCGGGUCCGCCGGGACCUCGCUCCAUUUCUGGAUCGUCCGUCGCGAACUACAGGGCAGCUCGUGCAGGCGGAACAGCCGGCCUGGGUAGUUCCGCCAACCAGUCGCUCUCUGGCAGAGCUACGCCAACCUUUUCAGAAGGUGCCAGCAGCGUUGGGGCCUUCAGUGCACUAGGAGGCGCUCGGGCACAGCUCGAGCAUUAUCGACCAAAUCAAAACGAUGCAUUGGACGUCGAGGUGGCUCACAUUGCAAAUAGCCUGGGCGUGUAUCUCGAACGCGUCACGGAUCCAUUACCGAGGGGUGUCAGAUCGGAACCGAGACCUGGACAGGAAAUUCAAGCCCAGUAUUCGAUUGGUGGGGGCAAAGCGGUCAUGUGCAAGCUGCUUGAACUCGUGAGUCCGCAGCAGUGCGUGGCGUUGAUUGUGGAGCACGCUCGUUUGCUGAUGAUCACUGCUCUUGCGCAAUGAUGUAGCAUCGUCCCCAGAGCUCGGCCGGAGCUCGAAGCGGCACAAAGGUCAGGAAAAUUCUUGCGCGCGUAGGAGGCGGAUGGAUGGACCUGGAGCAGCACAUCUUGAACAAGAUCGACGAAGGUAUGGCCUAA